AUGGACCCAGUAAACCCGGCCUCGUUGCCGCCUGAGUACUGGAGCAGCCUGGAUCCGUAUGUGAAUCCAGACUCUUCACAACAACAACAACACCAUCAUUCGCAUCCUCCCCAGCAACAGUCGACUCCACAGCAAACACAGCAUCAGCCCCUUGGAAUUGGCUGGGAUCAUCCUGUCCUGCAUUCGCAAACAUCUCACCGUGAUUCAACCCAUGGGCUGUAUCAAUCGGCAACACCGCAGGGAUGGCAGCAAAACUCACUACAUCACCAAACCCUGGCCCCUCCAACACCGCAGGACCUUGGGAUAUCGGCUCAGUAUCGUCAGGUUCCACAAUAUGCUCAGGGGCAGGUGACCUUCGAUUCAAGAGCAGUCCCCGCGCCGGAGAACCCUCACUAUCAGUCCUACUCGUUCACCCCAAACUUCUACACUCCUCAACACAUCUCUCUUCCGGACCCCUUCCCACAAACACAUUCACCACAGCCUGCCCAGCAGCCAUCGCGCCCCGCGUCCUACCAGCCGCAGCAGCUUCAUCAAAACUCGUUGCCUCAAUACGCGAUUCCUCCCGGAUUCCCUGAUGACUCCACGCAUACUUCGCUCAGCUUCUCAAAUGACUUCGCCCAGCCCCCACCUCGUGUUCCAGAGCAGACGAUCAACCCGCAGUUUAUCAACUCCCCGCAGCCGGCAAGCCAAGAUCCUCCGCUCAAUAACACUCAAAACCAGUUUGUCUACGUAAAUCCCGCCGAAGAUCCAAAUACAAAUAGAAUGUUCAGCUAUUUCCCGGACAAUGUACAGCUACAAUCGAUUCUACCCCAUACCGGCGUCAAUAGCCCUCUCGCGCCCGGUCAAUUUUUAAGGACUGGGGGAGCCCCCAUAAAUGGUCUUAAAUCAGUACCAGCAAUUGCGCCAGCUAAACCAGUGCUCUUACGGGCAAAUCAAACGGGUGUUAAAAAGCAAGCUCUCCCCAAAAAAGUAUCUGUCAAGAAGGCAAAUGGGAAAGGCUCCGUUUCUUCAGGCUCAGACAGCUACGAGUCUGACUCAGACCUUGAGAUUCAGGAACCCGAAGAGCCAUCGCCCUUGCCGUUCUCUCGUCCUGCUGAACCCGAAGCUGCAGCAAAUUAUGAUGCUCUUCGGGCUGUGUGGUUUCCGCGUAAUAGACGGCCCAAGGUCGACAAAGUUAAGACUGCAUUGGUUUCUUUCAAAGAUGUUGUUAAGAACUACAGGGAUUCGUGGAAAGAGACCGCUCAAGCUCUGAAAGCGGCUGAAAAUAAGGGCGAAUCCAACGAUACGAUUCUUUUAAGGAAGAAAGUUGCUCUCCAACGACGCCUCAUGAGUGUCGUUGUGAGUGCCACUCUUGACAGGGGCCAUCCCCUUAUUGUCGAAAAACUUGGCGAACAUCCGAUGGCAGUGUCAGCCAUAUAUUCGUUUCUUUUGGAUCGGCAUCAAGCUUCCGAUAUUGACGGUUCAUUUACUCUCAACAUUCUCAAGCUGCUUGCUCGGUUCAUCACCAUGGAUGAAGAAGUCCUUCAGAAAACAAAUGUCGCGAAACUGCUCCCAAGAUUCGUGAAAAAGGGCAGUCCAGAAGUCAAAGCUCUUGCGCAGACUAUACUCGAUAACGCCGCUGCAUCCACCAAGCGCAAACAGGAGAACAGCAAGCCAGGGUCUAAAGAAGGCUCGCCGGCUAAGCCCCCGGUUUCUGGUGCUACAACUGUAGAUGGCGCGCGUAGAGAUGUCUCUGGGUCUAAACGGCCUCGGGAUGGAGAGGCCAACGGGCAGCCGGCCCCUAGGAAGGUAGUAGUGACUUCCAAUAUAAAGCCCGGAGCUAAACCCAGCGGUCUCGCCACUAAUGGCUCAGUGAAACGCACGCCAGAGGCUGGUUCAGAGAACAAACCAACAGGAACUGCGGCCUCGACUGUCUCCCGCCCGAAGGCGAACAUUGUCGCUCCUAAACCUACAAAUCUGUUUGGAUCUUUGACUUCAGCCUCUAAGAAGCCAGGGACAUCAAACGCGGAGAGAGCUGCUGCCGCUGCUGCUGCUAAAACAAGUACCGAAAAGAAAGAAGCCCCGCGGCCGGCAUUCUCACUUGGAGAUAUCAUGGCGGAUCUUGACAAGCAGAAGGCACCUCCUCCGAAGGAAUCUUCCGAGAGUAGAACCCCUGAGACGGAAGAAGAGCGGACGAAGAGGCUUCGCAAAGAGGCGCGGAGGAAAUUGCGCGUUACUUGGAAGCCUGACGACUCGUUGACUGAUAUUCGCUACUUCACCCACGACCCUGACGAGGAACUUGGGCCAGGCGAUCGUUCCCGUCAACGAGGCGAUGUCAAAGGUGAAGGCAGCAUCCUCAAACUGCACAAGAACCUUGACGAGCUGGAAGAGGAUGACGAUGGGGGUAUGCGGGAGGAGCAGUUCUUCAACUACUAUGUUCCCUCUGGUAAGGACCCGUGCACAUCGAGGCGUGUUAUCCAUAGUCUAACCGGCACAGAAAUUGACGACAGCGAAAUAUCGGCCGAAACUCGAGCUGCAAAUCACAUAAAACGCGGCGGCACGCAACAGCCUACAAGCCCCGAGGCAAAGGUUCAAGAACACCGGGAAGCUACGACACUCAUGGUGUUCCAUACAUCACCUGCGGACGUACCGCCAUCCGCUAAGGAGCCACCUGCACCUGAUAGCAGCGAAGCGGAACCAGAAGUUCUCCCGUUCGGAGAGCUGCCCGACUUUAUUAAAGAUCGACAACAAAAGUACUACGCAAUGAUCAGGCCUCAGCCAGCUCCCCAGAGCCAGCCCAACAGUAUCUUUGACCUGCUCAAAUCGAUACAGAAUCCAGGCCAGCAGCAGUCUACUCCUCCUCCCCAGGCCCCUCAACCAGCCCAGGCUCCCGCAUUUAAUCUGGAACAAACCAUCAACAUGCUUAGCCAGCAGCCCCAAGUACCACAGGCCCCGCAGAUCCCUCAACAACCCGUGAUCGACCAGCGGCUUUUGUCUAUGUUCUAUGGUCAACAACCACAGCAGACCCAGCCACAGCCGCAGCCGCAGCCACAAAUACACCAGGCUCAGCCUGGAGCCAUAGCACCAAACCUGCUCGCCAUUCUGUCUCAGUUUAGCAACCAGAAUCAAAACCAGAAUCAGCAGACGCCGCCGGUUAGCGAAGCCCCUCAAACCUCGGGCCACUACGAGAACCCCGAGCGCAAGCGCAUGCGCGAAGCCGGUGGCUUUGACGACGAUGACAAAUGGAGGCGGAACAGGAUGAACGCUCCCAACAAGAAACACCCCAAAGCCGGAUCGGUUCCGUGCCGUUACUGGGCUGAAGGGAGAUGUCUUAAGGGCCAGGACUGCACGUUCCGCCACGACCCUCUCUCGCCAUGA